AUGGCUGAUGAGAAGACCUUCCGGAUUGGCUUCAUCGUGCUGGGGCUUUUCCUGCUGGCCCUUGGUACAUUCCUCAUGAGCCAUGAUCGGCCCCAGGUCUACGGCACCUUCUAUGCCAUGGGCAGCGUCAUGGUGAUUGGGGGCAUCGUCUGGAGCAUGUGCCAGUGCUACCCCAAGAUCACCUUUGUCCCUGCUGACUCUGACUUCCAAGGCAUCCUCUCCCCAAAGGCGAUGGGCCUGCUGGAGAAUGGGCUUGCUGCCGAGAUGAAGAGCCCCAGUCCCCAGCCGCCCUAUGUAAGGCUGUGGGAGGAAGCUGCCUAUGACCAGAGCCUGCCUGACUUUAGCCACAUCCAGAUGAAAGUCAUCAGCUACAGCGAGGACCCCCGCUCGUUGCUGGCCCCUGAGAUGGGGCAGCCGAAGCUGGGAACCAGUGAUGGAGGAGAAGGUGGCCCUGGCGACGUUCAGGCCUGGAUGGAGGCCGCUGUGGUCAUCCACAGGGGCUCAGAUGAGAGUGAAGGGGAAAGAUGUCUAAUUCAGAGCUGGCCUGGCCCCCCGGCCUGUCCCCAGGGCCCUGCCCCCUUGGCUUCCUUCCAAGAUGACCUGGACAUGGACUCCAGUGAAGGCAGCAGCCCCAGCGCAUCUCCACGUGACGGGGAGGAAGCUUGUUCCCCACAACAGGAACCUCAGGGCUGCAGGUGCCUGCUGGACCGCUUCCAAGACUUUGCCCUGAUUGAUGCCCCAACGUUGGAGGAUGAGCCCGAAGAGGGGCAGCAGUGGGAAAUAGCCCUGCCCAACAACUGGCAGUGGUACCCAAGGACAAAGGUGGAGGAGAAGGAGGCUUCGGACACAGGUGGGGAGGAACCUGAGGAGGAAGAGGAAGACCUGUACUAUGGGCUGCCAGAUGGCCCCGGGGACCCCCUCCCGGACAAGGAACUGGGUUUUGAGCCUGACGCCCAGGGCCGAGAUGGUUGUGCUCUGUAG